ACGACAAAUGCACACACUCGAACCUUCGUUCAACCCUUUAUUUGACAGCCCACGCAGUUGCGUAUUGCACUUUACUACAAAUAAACAAAAAUUAUCGGUAAUUCCAUAAUUAUUCCACUCCUACGAGUAUUAAUUAGUGAAUUAUUCAGUAGUAAAGCCACUGAGAUCAGUUGUUUGACGUAAAUAUUCUCAAUUUGUCAAUAAAAAGCCUAAAAUUUAGUGGAUGUUCACUGGAAUAUUUAUUGAAGUGAUGUGUGUCAAUUGAAUAAAUAAUUGAAAUUAAAAAGUGUAUGAACAAUUAAUAAUACGGAGUUGUUAACAGAAGUCGUCGCAGUGAAGGUAAAAAUAAAAAAAGUUCUCGAUGAAAUGUCGGAAAAAUCACGUAAACUCAUAACGCGGUUUCAUCCGAGCCAUGGAAGGAAUAUAAUACUUUAUGAUGAUGACACAGUGGCAUAUCGCAAAGCUAGCUUUGCCGAUGCCCUCACAUUCAGUGAAAAACCACUCCAGCCCGAUGAGAUAUUUCUCCUGGAGAUUGAGAAGCAUGAGAGGGGUUGGAAUGGACACAUGAGGUUAGGAUUGACGCAGAUUGAUCCGAAGACUGUUGAUAGAAAUGGCAUUCCACAGUAUGCACUACCGAAUAUGGUUAAAAUGGGGCAGAGCUGGAUUUUUGCGAUCACGAGCUGUCCGAAUGUCAAUAUCGAGGGAAUCACACGAUAUGGUGAAAGUAUUCUCCUCCAAGGAAGAAAAUUGAAAACCGAUGGGAUAACAGUACACACAUCAAGGGGAUUGAUUCCCUAUGCUGCACUGACCCCCAAUCUAACCCAGAACGAUACCUCCCAGGACAUUCUACCCACUGAGACUGGAAGUAGAAUUGGAGUGAUGUACGUCCCUCAGGCCGGGACUGACCUCGCUGAAAUGCAUUUUAUUAUUAAUGGAGUGGACCAGGGUGUUUGCGGUAAGGACAUUCCAUACAGAGAGGGACCUCUACAUGCCGUUGUCGAUGUGUAUGGGACUACCAAACAAGUCAGGAUUGUUCAACUCUACGGUGUUUCGACACUCCAGAGUGCCUGUCGUGACGUUAUUCUUCAAUACACGAAAUUAAAUGCAGUCGAUUCUUUGCCAUUACCCCAACUCCUAAAAGAUUUCUUAUUGUAUCAAAAUCAAGAGUCACAGUGAUCGAUCCAACAAGCAAGAUAAUAGAAGACAAUGGAAUUUUUGUAAGAGUUAAGCAUGAUAAAACCAGGCAGGUCCUAAUCUCUUUAUUCUUUAUUUCCUAACAAUACACUAUUUUCUUUUUGUUAUUGAUAUUAUUUGAUAUUUAUAUUCUUGUGCUAAAUUACACGAUCUCAAAUUAAUCUCAAACAUGUAGAUCUUUGACACGUGAUUUAUGCGCUGGGAAAAAGAUCAUUAUUUUGUGUUUAAUGAAUUUAUUUUUGUUGAUUGGUGGAGCUGCAGAAUAUUCAGAUAGAUUAUCAGCAUCUCCUCCACGGAAAUCGAUUUAAUUCUUUAUCUUGUUGGAGAUCACUUGAAUCAAGUGAAUUCAUCGGAAAUUGGUUUUUACUCAGUGCGAUUGACUUUUAUGAUUCAUGGAAAAUUGUAGUAAGACGAAAGUAUGAAGAAAGAUACGUAAAAGUAGACGAAGCUGUGCAUUUUUUAAAUAAAGUCUCUUUUGUAGAAAAUAAAA